AUGGAGAACAGGGGGUUGACAGCAAAAGGGGCUCUGAACCUGUCACCCCAGCGACAGUCUCAUGAUCCACCCCCACCCCGGAAAGUGCGCCCCGCGGCCUCCCACGCCGAGGCGGCCGCGGGGAGGGACCCGGGACCCCGCGCAGGGAUCCCCGACGGCCGCGCCUGGGAACCGCCUCGCGAGCGGCUGAGGCUGGAUGGAGCGGAGGGGGCGUGGCCCUGCGAGUGCCGGAGGCGGGGCGAAGAGCGAAGGGGCGCAUGGCGGGGCCCUGAGUGGAGGUCGCUGGAGCAGUGCUUGGAGCAGCACCUGCCACCCGCAGACUUGCGGGAGGUGAAACGCAUUCUCUAUGGCAAGGAGACCAGGAAGCUCGAGCUGCCCAGCAGGGCCCUGGAAGCUGCCUCCGAAGGGGACUUUGAACUGCAGGGCCACAUCUUCGAGGCGGCCAAGGAGCAGCUGCGGCCACCCCGCGUUGUGCGAGUGGGGCUCGUGCAGAACAGAAUCCCCCUCCCCGCGGGGGCCCCCGUGGCCAAACAGGUGGCUGCGCUUCACCGCCGCAUAGAAGUCAUCGUGGAUGUGGCUGCUAUGUGUGGAGUCAACAUCAUCUGCUUCCAGGAAGCCUGGACAAUGCCCUUUGCCUUCUGCACGAGAGAGAAGCUUCCGUGGACAGAGUUUGCCGAGUCGGCAGAGGAUGGACCUACCACCAGGUUCUGCCAGAAGCUGGCGAAGAAACACAACAUGGUGAUCGUAUCGCCCAUCUUGGAGCGGGACGGGGAGCACGGAGACGUCCUGUGGAACACGGCCGUGGUGGUCUCCGACUCCGGAGCCGUCCUGGGAAAGACCCGGAAGAACCACAUCCCCAGAGUGGGCGACUUCAACGAGUCAACCUACUACAUGGAGGGAAACCUGGGCCACCCCGUGUUCCAGACGCGGUUUGGAAGGAUCGCGGUGAACAUCUGCUACGGGCGACAUCACCCCCUCAACUGGCUCAUGUACAGCAUCAACGGGGCCGAGGUCAUCUUCAACCCCUCAGCCACCAUCGGCACCCUCAGUGAGAGCCUGUGGCCCAUCGAGGCCCGGAACGCGGCCAUCGCCAACCACUGCUUCACCUGUGCCAUCAAUCGUGUCGGCGAGGAGCAUUUUCCAAACGAAUUUACCUCUGGAGACGGAAAGAAAGCCCACCAGGAUUUCGGCUACUUCUACGGCUCGAGCUACGUGGCAGCCCCAGACGGCAGCCGGACCCCCGGGCUCUCCCGUAACCGGGACGGGCUUCUGGUUGCCGAGCUUGACCUCAACCUGUGCCGGCAGACGAGCGACAUCUGGAGCUUUAAGAUGACGGGCCGGUACGAGAUGUACGCCCAGGAGCUGGCCAAAGCUGUCAAACCCGACUACAGGCCCAAUGUCGUGCAGGAGUAGCCGGCCUGGGGCCCUGCCUGCCCAGGGAUGGCACCCCCUCUUUGUCCAGCUGGGGAGCAAGCGACACAGCCUUAUCCUGUCCACAUCCUCCGGGAAGUUGCUUGGAUAAUCUUGCUCUCCAGGCUGGUGGCAAAAUGCCACGUGGUUGGGGAGCACUGGGGAGUGGCUGCUUAAUGGGUACGGGGUCUCCUUAGGGGUGACAAGGCGGUGGUGGGAGAAGAUGGAGAUGGUUGCACAACACAAUGAAGGCACUAAAUGCCACUGACUUGUAGGCUUUAAAAUGUUUGCUUUUUGGUUAUAGGACUUUUUCUUCAAUAAACCAAAGAGUUCCCAGGC